GCACCACAGGCGAGCCCAAGGGAGUUCUCUUGACACACAGGGCAUUGCUGGCUGCCAUUGCCGGGAAUAAGGAUUUCGUUGCAUACAAUAACAUCAACUUUGGCGAAGACGAGAUGUAUCUCUCCUACCUGCCCCUGGCGCACAUCUUUGACCGCUCAGCGGAGGAGCUGAUCACCUACUUUGGUGGCGCCAUUGGCUUCUGGCGCGGGGACGUCAAGUUGCUCACGGAGGACAUUGCAGAGCUCAGGCCCACCUUUUUCUGUGGCGUCCCCCGCAUCUUCGACCGCAUUUACGCUGGUGUGAAGGCGAAGGUAGAAGCAGCAGGGGGCAUUAGCAAGUUCCUGUUUGACCUGGCAUACAGCCGCAAGCAGGCUCGCAUCCGGGCUGGCGUGGCCGUGCAGUUUGCAGCUCCGAUCUCAGAUGCGAUUGUCUUCAACAAGAUCAAGGCGCGCCUCGGAGGGCGGGUGAAGGCCAUCUGCUCCGGUGCUGCACCUCUCGCCCCCCACGUGGAGGAGUUCCUAAAGAUCACCAUGUGCUGCCCCGUGGUGCAAGGAUAUGGUCUCACCGAAACCAACGCCAGUGGGUUCAUCUCGUACACAGAGGGCAUCGAGCAGGCAGGCACGGUGGGCCCGCCCAUGCCCACUCUGGAAACACGCCUCGAGUCAGUCCCUGACAUGAACUAUGAUGCUCUUGCCACUCCCGCCCGCGGGGAGAUCUGCCUCCGCGGCCCGAUUCUGUUCUCGGGGUACUACAAGCGGGAUGAUUUGACCAAGGAGGCGAUUGAUGAUGAAGGAUGGUUCCAUACAGGAGACGUGGGCGAGUGGCAGCCGGACGGGUCAAUGAAGAUAGUGGAUCGCAAGAAGAACAUUUUCAAGCUCGCUCAGGGCGAGUAUGUGGCUGUCGAGAACCUCGAGAACGUCUAUGGCAACUGCUCCGCUAUAGACAUGGUGUGGGUGUACGGGAACAGCUUCGAGGCGGUGCUGGUGGCGGUGGUGGUGCCGAACCAGCCAGCUCUUGAGGCGUGGGCCAAGGGCGCUGGAGUGGAGGGCGACUAUGCUGCCCUGUGCCAGACACCGGAGGCCAAGAGCUUCAUCCUGGAGAAGCUUGUAGAGACUGGGAAGAAGGGCCAGCUCAAGGGCUUUGAGAUGGUGAAGGGAGUGCAUCUGGACAGUGUGCCCUUCGAUGCAGAGAGGGACCUCCUCACACCCACCUUCAAGAAGAAACGGCCCCAGCUGCUCAAAUACUACCAGGAGCCUAUUGAUGCCAUGUAUGCUAAGCUCAAAGCAUGA